UUGUACCUGGAUGUGUCUGAUGAGAGUGGGGCCUUCACCCUGAGGCCCAGGCCCACCACCCAGUGCAUUUACCUCUCUUCUCAGAACGAGGAGAGUGAGCCCAGCGAUGGAGUCCGAAAACCACACACAGCUUCCUUGGUGCUGCACAACGGGGAGACAGCUGAGUUGGAUGUGAUUUUCCAGCCCAGCUUGGUCCAGCGGGUUGAAGGGCUGAUCCACUUCUCUAUGGUAGACAACCAGUAUGAGGAAACCAGCAUCCAGAUGGUUGGCGAAGGCUAUCAGGAUAACGUCACGCUAGACAAUAUUCAUAGCCCAGUGGCCGAGACCGAUGCAGGGGACAUUGAGGGGCAACUGGAUGAGAACACAGGAGAGGCAGUGAGAAUGGACCACAUCCAGUUUGGAGACUGCCACAUUGGGAAGCUGUAUCAGGCCGCGUUCACAAUCACAAAUCACAGCAAGUCAGACGUGAUGAGAUUUGAAUGGCCUACUGGGGGCCCCUGCCAGUUCUCCCCACAGAUUGGCCAUCUCCAUGCAAGGUGCACUAAAAACAUCACUCUGGCUUUGAAAGCCAGCCUGCCCAUCUCCCUCAGAGAGCAGCUCCUUAGGUGCAAGAUCUCCAGAAUUACCUUCCAGUGCUCUGCUGACCAGGUCCCAGACUGGGAUGAUCGCUUGCAUACUGUCAAAUGGGUGGAUGUGUCAAAAGGCAUCACAAGUAUACGUCCAGCAAAAAAGAAG